UAGGGUUUUGCAUCACAAGUUCAUCACAGAGCAAAUUGUGUUUGCAAAAAGUUUUGCAAAAAGAGUGCAUGAGAUCUGCAAACAGUGUCUAAACUGCUUGUUUAAGUAUUCACUGUGGAACAUUCUCAUCACACACCGGUUCAUCUGGGAUCUUCAAUGGUUUUGCCCUGUUAUAAAGAUAAACCCUCUAGAAUGAAGCGUCUGAAGGUGGAAUGGAGAAAAAAUGACUUAAAGGAUCUGCUUCAUCUGUAUCAAGGUGGUCAGAGUCGAACAGAGAAACAACAGCAGGAAUAUCAAGAUAGAGCUCAUUUCUUUACUGAGCACCUUAAAGAUGGAAACUUCUCCCUCCAGCUGGACAAACUGAGAGCUGAAGAUGAGGGACAAUACACAUGUAGAGUUCACAGCAGGGGUCGCAAACAGUUUUCAGCCAAGAUAAAUGUGGUACUGAGGCAACUAGACAUAGUCUUCCGUCUUCAGAUGUUUCUCGUUUUCUGUCCAAAUGUUCUGAUGUUUCUUGCGUUUGUCGUCUGGGGUGUUUCUGAAGGGUCUCUGUUUGAGACGGUCUCUUGUUGUUCUCUUUAUUGUCUGAGGCCUCUCAUGUUGCUCUGGACGGCUCCGUAUGUGAAUGAGUUCACAGGCAAGAUGAAAACAUGGAUUGAUACUUACAGUUUUAGGACAGAAUACGUUGUUUUUUCAGCUGUUUUUUUUUCAGUUAUGAUUAAAUCUGCCUGGGACAAAAGUCCGAAUUACAGCAGAUUGGAAGUCAUCAUUAUCAUCAUCCUCUUUGUGAUUGUGAUUCUGUUCAACCUCUUUUACAUUAUUUUCUUGUUGGAUAAAAUAAUUGCGAAAUUAAGUCAGCAGAUCAGUACUAUAUUCGGUGUUCUGGCUGGCAUAAGCUUAGAUAUUCUUCCUUCACUACAAUUCAUCCUUCUGUUUUAUGCCUUUGGAUCUGCCAGAGGAGCAUUCAUCAUUGUUGCAGUUUUACCAGUGAUUCUCACAAUCACCAGAUACAACUGGGAUCGUACAUGUGGUCAUCGGAUGGGCUGUUCACCUGCUGUCAGGAGAUCAGUGUAUUUAACAGUCUUGAUACUGGUCAGUGCUGUCAUGGUCUAUUUCUACAUCUCAGCUCUGGAAAAUGAAAAGGAUCGUGUUGGAUGGGCCUGUAUGAUUGCAUUUCUUCAGUUUUUCUGGACAGUGAUCAACUUCACACGCUCAUUUCGGUCAUCAUGGGAUCUUUAUCGUCUUGGUGCUGUGUAUUUGUUUGGAUCAGUUGGUGUUGUUUUACUGAACUCUGUUGCUCUGAUGAUUGAACUGAUCCUCAAAACAGUUAAUGGUGAAGGUGUGACGGGAGACAUGAGGAUCUUUGUCUUCUCCUCUGAAUUCAUCUUCACUUUAUUUCUGAUGAUUUUAAUGGUUUUUCAACCAUGGAUCGAACCAUGUCUGCAGUCAUGUCAGAAGGCAAUGAAAUCUCUUCAAACUAGAACUGCUGGAUCACAGAAUCAAGAAUCUCAGAAUGCAGCAGCAGCAGCUUCUGAUGAAACUCCAGCCAGUGGAUCAAACCAGAACCAGAACCUGAACACAACAGAAUCUCAGGAGAUGAAUCCUCUACUGGACAAACAAAACCAGGAGAACGGCAGGAGCGACACGACAGAGGAAAAUCAGCCGGAUUCAGUGGUUACACAAUCAUAAAAAAACACUCUUGAGAAGCUUCUGACUGUGAUUUAAGAGAAGAGUUCAGUUUCAUUCUUCAUUUGUUAUUGAGGCCGUUAUUUAAUGCAUGUUUGCUUAGUUUUGUAAAUCAGUGUUAAUUUCGUUGACGAAGACUAUGACGAAAAAUAUUCGUCAACGAACAUUUUUUACAGACGAAAACUAAAUAAAAACUAAAAAAGUCAGAUAUGAUGACGAAGACGAUGACGAAAUUUAACUGACACUUCAGUCAACGAAUAAAAACGAGAGGAAAAUGUUGGGGCGGGACAAAUGGAGAAGAGAUCCAAUAAGAACUACCCUUUUGUGGGGAAAUCCAAUCAGAGCGAAUCUUUUGAGGGCAGGUUGAUCUUGGCAAAGCCAUUUUCAAAAGCCGCGGUUUUGAAGUUAUGAGGACGUUUGUUAUACAUUAUAUUUAGUUAUACAUUAUACU